UGCCCGCUCACCAGUCCACUACAUUUAACUCCUGGGUAACGCACCUUUAUCACAAAACUCUCAAAGUCACCGGACACUAACCUUAAAACCUCAGGGAUAUCAAUGAAAUCCUCCCAUUUUUUCAAUGAGACAUGUACAAAGUGUGUGAUGGAAAUAAACCGCUGGGUUUGCGGGUGAAGACUGUUUAGUUUCGAAGAUGGCGCCGUGAGCGUCUGGCGCGACCAUGGCGCGGUAUCGAUGGACUUUUACUCUAAUUUUAAUCUGCCUACCUAUCCUAGCCACAGUGAUAACCGCAUUCCGAAUACGUGAUUUACCUAAAGGGUCCAAUGACGUGCAUAAAUCCGAUAUACGAACGCGAAAGUGUGAAGAUUGUGACGUGAAUGAGCUCAAGGUUGGUCAGAAAUUACAAAGUGUGAAUAUCGAAAGUGAAAAGAAGUUUGAACCAUUAAAGAAAAGCGUUGUGGAUAAAAAGAAAAUAAAUUUAAAGACAUCGAAUAGUAAAUCGGGUAAAAAAUUUAAUGACGACUCUGAUGAUGGCGAUGAUGAUGAGUUGUCCAACAGUGGAACUAUUAUCCAAAAUGUUGCAAAUAAGAAAGAAAUCAAAUUAGGAAAAACUGGACAAAACCCUCAAAACCAGGGAUCGCUAAAAAAGGCAUCUUUCAGAAUUUUUGACGAUAGUGAUGACGAUGACGACGAUGAUGAAGAUGAUCAGGUCCCUAGUAUAAAAAGCAGAACAGUUCAAUCAAAUUCAAAGGAGAAAACUUCCAGUGGAUUAAAAUUGGCCAAAGAGAAUCCUGCUAAAAAACCAGAACUGAAAUCAAAAUUAAUAAAAAAUGACGAUAACGACGACGAUGACGAUGAUGAUGACGACAAUGACGAUGAUGAUGACGACGAUGACGAUGAUGAUGACGACGAUGAUGAGAAUAGUGGCAUUGCUGCAGCUCGUAAAAUUUUAUUUGAUAUAAAUGCGGGGAAAGGUGGUAAAGCUCAAUUAGAUGUUCGAUUAAAGACAAGUGAACAGGUUAAAAAACUCGAUUCCAGUAAUGCAAAUAAAGACAAAAGUAAAGAAGAAAUUAAACAUAAUAAAAGUAAGGUUCCUAACUCACAAACCACUACAAAAUCAGAAAAAGUAGUCAUGAACGAAGCGAAGGCUUCAGAAAUAAUAAAGAAAGAAAAGAUUAGCAACACAAGCAACGUACAUCAUCAUAAAAAAUCAAGCGAUGAUGAAAAAUCUAAGCCAGUGGCGAAGAAAGAACAUAUAAUUAAAGAAGACAAAAAAGAAUCAAAGCCUAAUAAAGUAGAAGAAAUGGCAAAAAAAGAAAGCAUAAAGAAAGUUGAAAUCGAAAAAGAUGUCAAGCACAAGGAGCACAAAGAAAAACAGGAGGACGGGAAAUCCCGCGAAAAACGAGAGGUUCAUGCACAUGUAAAACAAGAAGAAAAACUCAUUAAAGAUCACAAAGAGCCUAAAAAAGAAGAAGUUAAAUCAGAAAAGAAGGAUUCCGAAGCCAAAUUAAAAGAAGAUAAAAAUAAAGGAACGUUAAAAGCUUCUGAACCUAAAAAAGGACAUAAAGUUGAAAAAAAGGACAAGUCUUCUGUAGAAGAUAUUUAUGAAAGUCACGAAAGUAGAAGCGACAGUCAUUAUAAGCAAGUCAGCGAUGCUGUCAGACGCCGCAAUUUACUGCAAAGUGAAUUUGAAGAUUUCUAUGCGUUUUUUCCUACUUUUGCUCCAAAUUUCUCCAGAAUUCAUAACCCUGAAUGCAGGCGCCAUGGACAGAUAUUGCUAAGGCAAUUAAGAGGAACCAAAUUGUGGGCUUUGAACAUGCUCGACGCCACAGCGAAAAUUCCCUCGGGGUUGCUCCAAGGUAAUGGAAUACAACUGGGUGACUUCGACCAGUGCCUGGACAGCCGUGCUCGGGUGCAGUUGGAGACCGGGAGCGUGGUCAAGGUCCAGGGGAAGUAUUGCUUGGCGAGACUGGACGUCAGGGCAGAGGCAGCCGAGCUGGAGGUGCCGGUACACUUGGCCCAGGCUAGAAACCUGAUCAAGAGUAGGAUAGAUGAUCCAGGUCACUUCGUGCCUCGUUUCUCAACGCUGAGCUGGGGUAUCUGCGUGCCCGCCGCCUGCGACCCUCAGGAUGUGGAGGUGGUCAUCAAGGAUGCGAUACUGCACUACCAGCACACCAGCGGUCUGGUCAUCAGGGCUAAAGUCGAUGAAGUUGACUGCCAUGUUCCACCAGGGGGCGAUUGGUGGGAAGACUGGCUGGAGACUCCAACGGUUUUGACAUUGUCCUUGUAUGCUUUCGUUCUUCUCUUGGUUCUUGUGGCGACAGUCCGAGAUUUCCUGGCUGGAAGGAAAUCUGAUGGUGAAGAAGCCCAGGCAGACGACCAGGCUGAGUGCGACCAGAAAGAGACAGACGAGAAAGAAAACGAGGUUGACAACAAAAAACCAGAUGGUUUUCUUAGCGCCUUCUCCCUCUACCGGACAGUCUCCAAGCUGGUGGCUCCUGGAACUGAAGAUGAGAUAGCCUGCAUACAUGGUGUUCGAGGUCUGGCCACAAUUGCCUUACUCGUCGCCCACAAGUUCCUACCAGUAGCGGUGAUGCCGUAUACCAAUAGAACGAAGAUAGCUGAGGUGGUAAGUUCCCCGGUGUGGUCUUGGUGCCGAGCUGGAUGGAUCUUCACUGACUGUUUCCUGCUUAUUAGUGGGGCUCUGACGGCCCAUAGGACUGUAGACAGCACCUCUGGAGCGCCAAGACGGCUGCUGUCACGGUAUCUAAGGUUAACACCGGCCCUGCUUGCUGUAGUCCUAUUCUACGCCUAUGUGUGGGACAAUCUGUCCCAAGGGCCCAUGUGGGGCACACUGGUGACGAAGAAUGCGGAGAUCUGCCAGGAGAGCUGGUGGUGGAAUGUCCUGUAUGUUCAGAACUAUUUCGGAUUUGAUGAAAUGUGCGCUCCCCAAACCCACCAACUGGCCUUAGACAUGCAGCUCACCAUUCUCGGCAGUAUUAUAGUGUGGGGUAUCCAGACUAACGCGCAGGUGUCAAAGUUUUUGCUGCUGGCUGUACACGCGAUGACAGCUUACUCCCGCUACACCACGACCAGAGACCACAGGCUGACCAUGUUGGCCUAUCAGGGCGUUAGUGUCAGUCAGCUCUACAGAACAGCGAACAUGAGCUAUACAUCCACCUUCCAUCGAUCCACUCCUUACCUGAUCGGGCUGAGUCUAGGACUGCUGUUGAAGAAACCUUCUGAGCAUGGCAAGAUUUUCCUUACUCUCGGGUGGAUUCUAAGUGCGGCCCUGUGUGGGUCUGUGCUAUGGGCAGGGUCGGACUCAGGCCUCCCACAAUACCGGUACAGCGCAACUUUUGCGGCCCAAUACGGCGCUUUGGCACCCAUAGCUUCGGCCUUGGCCUUCGCGUGGGUCAUUUAUGUGGUACACAGCGGUAAUUGCGAGUUUUUAUCAAGGGUCCUAUGUUGGCGCCCCCUGGUGUUGGUCAGCCGUCUCUCCUACGCUCUCUAUCUCUGCCAGUUUAUUGUGUUCCUGACCCUCGCUGGUACAGUCAGGUCUUCGAGGGAGUUCACUUUGAUGUCAUUGAUUGACGUUGAAGAAAUAUUGGCUGUAUUGAUUUCAUCCGUUGUUCUAACAUUAACUUUCGUCAUCCCAAUGCAAUCAUUGCAUAAAAUAUCGUUCCAAUUCACUUCAUCAGAAGCCGCAGAUGCUCAAGAAGAGGAAAGCUUAGAAACUAAAGCAGAGAAGACAGAUUUGGAAUCGGAAGACAAAAGUGAAGUGACACAAGAAGUUAUUGAAGUACCGAAAAUAAGAAGUAGACAACAUCUGAUUGCGCACAGAGAAGUUUUGGAAGAAAUACCCGAAGUAGAAAUUGAAUAUGAGAUGCAAAGGGAGAAAGAUGACUGUCUUGAAGGGAUAUUAGAAGAAGAAGAAGACGAAGAACUGGUUGAAGAAGAAAUACCAGAACGAGAUGACGAUGAGCUGGAGAUCAUAGAAGAGGAACAAGGUGGAGAAGAUGAUUUUUGGGGGGAGAGAGAAGAAUAUCCGAUGAGACGACCUUACUCAAGAAAUCAUGAUGAUGAUCGUGAUUUAGAUGAGUGGGAAUGGACGACUAAUGGCAGCGGUCGGAAUGGAGCUCAAUAUUACCGUUACAGCAGAUAACAGU